AUGGAGUCGAUGAUUGUCGGGGAUGCCAGUCUUAUUUGCUGGGGCUCCUUUGCGGAUGCCGUUUCCGUAAUGACUUAUCUCGGAGUCCACGUUGAGAAGCUCACUGGGCUCUACAAACCGUCGUUGAGCUCCGAACACAAACGACGCCUUUUCGGUCGAGUUUACAACCUUGACAAAGCAAUCGUCGCUUUCACUGGAAGGCCGCCGCUGAUAAAUCCGCGCUUUUGCUCGACGCCACCGCCACUGGACUUGAGUGACGAGGAUCUUCUUGCUGGAGGUGCUGUGCUUGAGAGGGCCGUCUCUGAGCUUGAUAGCCGUGGCUGGAACUUGAGAGGUGGUGUUUAUCCUUCGAGUAUCUGUCGAGCUGGUUACUUUAUGGCUCAGAUACUGAACGAAAUUAUUGAUAUCAGUCUUGGUUCUGGCUCCAAUGCGACUGUUGAGACAAUUAGAAAUCUCAAGCAGCGUCAGCUGAAUGUCUUUGCCGAACUUCCCCGGUGCCUUGUCUAUGAUCCCGACGACUCUAACGAGCUUCCUCUUCCAAGAGCAGAAAUACGAUCAUACGAUAAAGACCUUUCUGAACCUCCAGUCGAGGCAAACGUUGUGUCAUUGAGAAUAUUCAUCCGACUCACACAUCUACAGAACAUGUUUUUGCUGGAAAGGCUUCUCCUUCAAUAUGGGUGUCCGGAUAAAGGAGAUGUCCUUUUAGUUUCGUAUGAGAUGAUAAGGCUCACUCUCAUGUUUUGGAUGCACAAGGAUCGAUUCCGUGAUAUUCGUCGGGAUAUGGAAUGGCUGUUGAUGGCCUUUGCAGUACCAGGCGGUGGCAUUCUCUGCCUUGAACUACUCAGUCCAACAUUCCAGGGCAAGCACCCCAAAGACAGUCGCCUCAGUCGAUCAAGCAUUGUCCAGCAACUAAGUUUGCUUGUUGGUUUCUUAGACUGGGUCCAGCCAUCAGCACCAAACGGCGAUCUUUGUGCGAGCUGCAAGACUGUGAUACAGCGCGUGCUAGAUUAUCAUCUCAAUAAUAUGGACCCGAUGAGUGACGUUGGAUCAUUGGACCAGUUCAGUUUAGACCACGCUUCACUCACAGCAAGCCUUCACCGUAGCGCACGCUUCACGGCGUCAACCUUCCUCGCGCUCAUCGCUAUUCUCGCUUCACAAGCUCUACUACACGAACGCCACAUUCUUUCGUUGAUCCGCCUGUCUGCUCUACCAAGUGGUGCCUUGCAGAGCAUCGCGACCAUGGCGGCAACAUCCACGACCCCCGAACUCGCGACCAUGCCAACCGAGAUUAUUUGUAUGAUCGGUGACAACAUGUCUGUCCAUGAGAUCAAGGACUGGACGCUUGUGUCAAACCAGUUUCGCGAAAUCCUUCUCCCAAAACUCUGCAAGCACCUCAAGUUUUCCGGUAAUAUGAAGGAACUCACAAACAGCCUCAACGCCUACUUUACGAGGAAGACAGCUUCAUUCCGUCAUUUGGCCCGUCAUCAAGCAAAGCUCGUGACUUUUGAAGUAAAAAGUUUCAACAACCCCCGCGAAAUGAAUGCUUGGCUUGUAGGCUAUGGAGUCGAGAACAUACCCGUCGGGCGCUUUUUGGCGGAUACACCUAAUCUACAUGGAGUUGUUUUCGAUCUAUGCCUCCCAUAUCUCAAAGAACCACACAAGUUCACCAGCCUCAUUCGCAAGGGCCCAGACUGGCAUGGCCCUAAGCAUCUUUAUUUCAAGAAAUUCCCCGAGUUCUAUGACCUUGGCAGAAUUGUUGAAAAGUUCAAAGCCGGGGCCCUUGAGGGAAUUGCUGGACCUCCGGGAAUGUCACUAGACGAGUAUGACGAACUUGCACGAAACGGGGCCAGUCUCACUUCACUGCGCCUUGACAAAUACUUUUGCAUCUAUGAACGUGAUGCGACCCUCCCAGGCUUGAAUGGUGGGCUUGCCAGCAAGAUCAACAAAAGCUUUCCUCGCCUGGAGUCAUUGAAUAUUUAUGAUGAAUAUCCUUCCGGUCUCAGCUUCCACAGGAAUUACAGAUAUCAUAACCGCUGGUGCCAAGAGAUCACAAAAGGCGCGUUAAUCCUCGCUAAGUUGCAGCGGCUCCGUCGGUUUGCAUUCACUAUGGGUCUUCUGGAGGAGUCUGACAACUUUGCUAUCAAUUGCAUCACAACGCAAUUACUGGCCAUGAUGGACAAGAAAGUUCUGGGACCCUUUGAAGUUCGCGGGGUUGAGGGUGUAUACAAACUGAUGAUUGCCUAUUUUGCCGCCCACGCGAAAGGUCUCGAGGAGAUUUGCAUUUCAAAUGGACAUCUCAUGUUCUACCGAGCAACUCUCACAGACGGCGUGUGGAACAUGUCUGAAGAGUCUCACAAGGAUACUUCUCAAAAACACUCGUUCCCGAAUGGUUUGGGGAACUGA